AGAACUCAUAAUGAGCCUUUGUAAUAAAUCGAAACAAUAUGGCGAUUGUUGACAAAGUUGGAUAGGUGGCAUUAUUAUUUAAUCAAAAUACACAACUAUGUAUUUCCCUUUAGGGUGGCCUAAAAGGCUAAAAACCAAUAAAGGGAGCUCACAGUCAAUUAACCAUAUAGUUAGUAGCUGUGAUCGGAUGUUAUUUGCAGUCGUAUCACAAAAGUCAUUAAAUAUUUGGUAUUCAAAGCCAUGUGUACAAAUUGUUACAUUUAUACCAAGUCAAAAGUUACUCACAGAAGUUGGAGAAUUCUACAGAGGAGAAUGGAAACCUGACUCAUCUCUAAUUGCAAUUAUGACUGAACAACACUGUGUUAUAUUUAUUCAAGUUGAAAUUGACAGCUCUGUACCAAAUCAUCAUUGUCUUUAUGUCAUGCAAGAAGGGAAAGUUCCUUUGAGUCCCAAAAUAAACAUCAAUGGCAUACUAGACAGUGACAGUGUCCCAGCUAUUAGAUUGACCUGUAUGGCACAAGUCCGGCUACAGUCACAGAUAUCAUGCUUUCUCUCAGUAAGAGAUGAACUUGUUGUGGCUACAGUUGAUGGGUGUUUAAGCAGGCUACGCUGGUCAGGAAAUAAAAAUGAAAAUGCAACUCUCCAUUUAAAAGACAUUCCAGUGUCGACAGAUUUACAACAGUUCAGGGCCACCAGACCUUCAGAAGAGGAAUAUGUGGUGGAGAUGGAAUACAGUCCAACGCUAGGAGGCUAUAGCAUGGUGUUGUCAUCAGGGAAAGCUGUCUUUGUCAUUCCACCUUCCAGUAGAGGAGAGAAAACUAAUGCACAUGGUGUCUGGGCGCAGGAUGUCAGUACUGCUGUCAGCGUGGCUGUCAACCACAGAUAUAGACUUAUUGCUUUUGGUUGUCGUAGUGGUGAUGGCAUUGUCUAUAAUUUGGAUGAAGCAGUGGGGGCUUUGGAGGUCUCGCAUAGACUUAUUAUCUCAAGUAAAGAAUUUCCAGACGCAGGUGCAGUGGCUGGCUCAGUCACCUGCAUGAAAUGGACACCAGAUGGGACUGCCUUGGCAUUAGCAUGGAAAAAUGGUGGCUUAUCCUUGUGGAGUGUGUUUGGUUCCUUGCUGUUGUGCACUCUGGGUGGUGAAUACAGUUUGUCAGAGAGUGGAAAUCUUUUUCCUCCGUCUAUAAUCUCUAUGGAAUGGGGGCUUGAAGGAUACCACCUCUGGAUGGUCACAGUGAGUAAUGAGAGCUCCUGGUCUCAGAACUCGCAAGCUAACAGUGACUCUGUGGACGGGUCCUUCUCCGAUGAGUUUGAGAAGUACGGGCACAGCCGAAGUGAUGAGGAGAGCGAUGAAAACAAAGAGGAAAGAAAAAGUGUUUCAUCCAGCGGUCACGACUCGGUGUGCACACAGCUGAUUCAGUUUCAGUUUCUCAAAAGUGCACUCACAGUUAAUCCUUGCAUGGGUAACCAUGAGCAUGUGUUCUUACAAGGAGAAGAUAAGCUCUACAUGAGCACAGGAGACACCAUGUCCCGGGGACACACUCAGUACCAGAUGUUCCCUGGCAGUAGUUCUUCUAUCAGCUCUGGCCACGGUUACAUUGGAAACAAACAGUGGCAAGUGAUACCCAUCUCUCACAUUUACCUGGCGUCUAACUGGCCCAUCAGGUAUGCAUCAGUGGACAAAGCUGGGCAGUGUGUAGCUGUGGCUGGGAAGACUGGAUUUGCCCACUACGCUCUGUUCAGCAGGAAGUGGAAACUUUUUGGCAAUGAGACACAGGAGCGUGACAUGGUUGUGUCCGGGGGGAUCACAUGGUGGAGAGACUUCAUCUGUUUGGCCUGUUUUAAUAUCCAGGCUCAGAGAGAUGAAAUUCGAUGUUACCCACGCACUUGUAAGCUAGACAACACAUUUGCCCAAAUUGUGAAGGUCCAGUCGCAGGUACUCUUACUCAACACAUUCCGAGAUAUGCUGAUUGUGUUUGGCGGGGACAGCCACAUUGGCAUGUUCAGCCUGGAGAGGAAAUCUGGCCAACAGAAUCCGUGUGUAUUAAUCACCAAAGUUCAAGAGAUUUCACUAAGUAGCUUCAUUCCUCACCCUUUGUGUGUGACUGGACUGACAUUGACUUCACUGAUGUCUGACGCAGUCAAUGCUAAGCUCCACCCAUCAGCCAAAGAAGCAGAGUCAAUGUUAGUCAACGUCUCAGGGAAACUCUUAAUGUUCCAGAGGGACAGGUCAGGACCUCAGAUUAAAGAGGAGAAAAAUAAACACAGGCCUGUACCAUUCUGUAACCCAUCUGUGGUAGCGACGUCCGUAGAGAACUUAUGGACAACCACUAGAGCUAAUGUUGGGAAAAUUCAGUUGAUGGAAGCAAUGUGGCUCGGCUGUGGCUCUCAUGGAAUGAAGGUCUGGUUGCCACUUUUUCCUCGAGAUGAGGGCAAGGCCCAUAACUUCAUGUCAAGGAGAAUAAUGCUGCCUUUUCGAGUUGAUAUCUACCCUCUAGCUGUUUUGUUUGAAGAUGCUGUGAUUCUUGGUGCUGCCUGUGAUGUUGUCUCAUAUACGUUCACGUCAACAUCGGAGAACAACUCUGACCUCCCAUUUUGUACAUUAGAAAGAACUAGUCAAAUAUAUCUUCACCACAUACUCAGGCAGUUACUUAGAAGAAAUUUAGGUGUGAAUGCACUAGAUUUGGCCAGGAGCUGUAAUGAGUUAACUUAUUUUCCCCACGUGUUAGAGUUACUUUUACAUGAAGUAUUAGAAGCAGAGGCUACAUCUAAGGAACCUAUACCAGAUCCUCUGUUGCCCAGGGUAGUUGCUUUCAUCCAGGAAUUCCCAGAAUUCCUUCAGACCAUUGUUCAUUGUGCCAGAAAAACAGAAGUAGCACUUUGGCCUUAUCUUUUCUCAACAGUUGGAAACCCAAAAGACUUGUUUGAGGAAUGCUUGCUUCAAAGUGAUCUAGAGACUGCUGCAACAUAUCUCAUUAUUUUACAGAACUUGGAGAAACCAAUAGUCAGUCGUCAGCAUGCUACCAUCUUACUGGAUUCAGCGCUAGAUAAAGGAUUCUGGGAACUUUGCAGAGAUUUGGUUCGUUUCCUUAAAGCAAUAGAUUCAACUGAGCCCACGGAAUCUCCAACUGCAUCAAGACUGUCAGGUACCACUUCCCAUUCAGCCUUCCCAGCCAGUCCACCUCUCUCCCAGGCCAGUCAUGCAGGGUACAACUACACCAAUGUCAGCAAUGUUGGCCGCAUGAGGACGUCAAGUAUUGUGGAACCUCGAGAGAUAAAGCUUGUACAGAAGGAGAAAGCCAAACACACUGUCUCUGACUCAUUGCUCAGUGCAGGGAAAAGAAACCCUUCACUCAAAGUCAAGGUGACAGAACCCACAGCUGAACAAGUGUAUAUAGACAUGAUAUUGUGUCGUCACGCCAGAAAACUUUUGGCUUGCAAUCAAAUAAGGACGCUGGGUUAUUUUUCAGCCAAUAUGGAGGACUUUCAAAUUGUGUCCUGGCUGAAAAGAGAAAGGGUAAGAGCUGGCAAAGUGGAUGACUUUGUGACUGCUCUUAGAGAUAUUCAUUCUCAGUUUGAGUGGCCAAUGCCAGUUUUGUCAACCAGUGCAUUGAAUCUUUUGAAAAAAACCUUAGCUGCUUCCUCGUCAUCUUUGUCAUCAUCACUGUUAGAAGAUGAGUUUCUGAGCUCAACUGUAGAGGGGGAACCACUCCUUGAUUCUGUGCUCACACACCCAGUACUCACCUCUGUAGUGACAAACACACUCAGGCCGCAGCUGAACGAGCAGGUUCUGUCUCAAGUGGGGUCAGAUGAAAUCAUAUUGAAACCACAGAACCUUAAAACAGAUGAAAGCAGCCUGGCAACUAUUGAAAUUUCUGAUUCCAGUUCACUUCUGGGAGACUAUGAAGUAGUGAAUGAUGCUGUGUUUGGUCAUGAUGCUCAACUGAGUCUGGACAUUGAGGGCAUGUCUCAGGAAGUAGCUUCAAGUAGAGGCCCUGAACAAGCACAUCUGGAACUUGAGUACUUGUUACAUAUUAUGCUAGAGGCUGGCUGCCUGGAAUGGGCUUUAAUACUGGCCAUUGUCCUGAGAGAUAGUCUGGCUGUAGUUAGAGUCGUGAAUGCUGCCAGUGCUGCUGAAACUCCGUGGGACAUGGUGGCCAGGAUGAGAGAAGGCGUCAGCUACUUGGAGCUUUGGGCUGAUACAGAAUGCUUAGGCUACAAAUCAUUCUUUUAUCAAAUUCGUGGAGAAAUUCACAAACUGUCCAAACUGGAGAGUCCAGCUGCAACAAGUCUCAAUGUUGAUGUUGGGAAUAGUGAGGCUCCAACCGUAGAGAAGGGGACGGCCUCCCCUGUCAGCGACAGCAUUCGGCGGAUAGAUCUCGACCCUUUAAUCUCACAGCAAGAAGGCUCAGCCCAAAACAAACGGGACUGCGUCAUCUCUUGAUGUUGCCAACUUCAACGAACAUCUUCCCUCCCCCUCCGAAUUGAUUGUACAACACAUUUUUUCAUGUAAAUAUUGUAUUUCUAAAAUUGUACAUAUAGUGUUGAUGUCAACAGAUUUUUUUUGAUGACUCUAUGAAGUUGAUAUUGAUCUUUUUUUUUUAUUUCAUGAGACUCGGUUAGUUCAGCCUGUUGUGUACAGCGUAAUCUUGACAUAUGUUAUGAAUAGUUUAUAAUGUUCCAUUGUUUUGUGUCUUGUGAACAUCAAUUCAACGUUUUGGGUAUUCUUUUUAUGUAUAAGUCAGUCAGUAACAAAUGUUUGCUCGAUAUGAUUGUAAUAUUGCCUGACAGAACCAGGUUACUUUGUGAAAAGUGCAUUUUGAGAAAAAGAUUCCUCUUCUAUCCAUUUUAGUUCUGCAUAGGCUCUUUCUUUUAAAGUACAAAAGCAAUAGAAAAUAACAGGUCUUCCUCGUGUGUUUCAUCUUAACGCUCAUACUAACUGAAAAAAUAGACUAUAUAGUUCAUAACUAGUUUUGAAUCACAAUCAUCAACUCUUAAAAAGCUCAUGGCUUGGUCAAAAAUUGCCUGGUUUGUUGACUAAAAUAACAUUAAUGAUCAGAAUUUAACUGGCUUUUAUAAAAUUACAAAUUUUGGCCAUUUUUUUCUUUUGCCAAGUGGCUGGGUUCUGUUUGGCACAGACACAAUGCUCCACUGCUAACUCUUGUUAAGUGUUAAUAUGGUCCUGAUAUUUUGUUGACUAGUAUUGUCCCAUCCACAAGUCAAAUUGUUCAGCAUUUAAAAAAAUGGUUGCGGUGAUUUAAUGAAAUAUUUUCUUUCAUCUCAAUAUAUUCAUAAUUUCACCAUAGUUAAUUUCAUAUGCUAAGUUCGCUGUUUUUAUCUUAAAACCAUUUCUUGUGAAGAUUUUUGCUUUCUCAACAAAAUAUUUUUUUUCUAACCCAGAUCUAUUUGAUUCUAAUUUAAGCAUAAAGUAUUUGAUAAGAUUUUAUCAUUUGAUAAUCUUCUCUUCUUAAUGUGAAAGUUUUAUUGCAGCUGUUUUAAUCUUUAAUGAUCAUUAAAUUUUUUAUUGAUCGCAAUAAUUCCUAAGUUGUUUCAGAACAUAUCACAUUUUUUAAAAUUUUGCUAUUCGCUAAAUCUAUUUAUAAAUAGAUCGUCACAGAAUAUGGGUGUAGCAUCAAUAACCUAUUAACCUUGACCGUUAUCAGAUGCAGGGAGUCAUUUUUGUUGUUUUUAAUUUAAUAAUCCACUCUCAAUUUACCUCAAAUUAAAUUUUAAUCUCGCAUCACAAAUUUAUGACAUUUUAAUUAUUGUUUUCUCUUCUUAACAGUUGAUAACAGGCCAUAUCAAUAAAUAAUUCUCAGUUAGUUUGCUAAAAAGCAAUAGAAGCACUGUUAGAGAAAUAAAGAAAUAACAUUUUGCAAUUUAGAACAACAUAAAAUAUAGACUAAGCAGGAAUUGUUAUGUUGUAAAUACAUUCAUAUCUCACCAACAAACUUUUUUAGAUCCAGUUAGCUUGAGUAUCAUGUUAUGUAGGCAUUUUGAUUUAGGUUAGGACAUGGCAGUUGUUCUUGUAUAUAAUAUACAAUUAAAGAAAAGGUUUGGAUAAAGAAUAAAUCUACAUUAAAACAAUUCUUAAAUUAAAUAUUUUUUUAGAUAUCAUUUUAAAAAUGCUUAUGACACAAGUUAAAAUAUUCUUGUAUGACAACAAACUUCAAAAUUAACAACCUGCAGCUUAGCUUCUGGUACAAAUCACAUCUAUAGGAUUUUAUAAAAUGUUUAAAACAGCUGAGGGUUUUUUUUACCAACAUAAAUGUUUUAAACUGUAUUAAUGCUACAUUGUUAGUAGUGAGGAUUUUUUUUAUUUAUAAUUAGAGAUUCUUGGAUGUGAUGUCAAGAGAUGAAUAUUGCUGUGUUUGUAUUGCCAAUGUGGAAAUCAGCUGAGAAAUUCUACCUAGCAUAAUAUAUUAUCAUCGUAAAGCUCACUUUUGCCACUUCUUCUUCCCCUGCGUUCUCAUUAUUAUGUUGGAGGGUUUAGAUGACUAGGUCUGAGAUGAAGUGCACUGGCAAGCAGAUGCAUGUAGUUUUUCUCCUAUAGAGGUGUCUUGUUCAGGCCUCACAGUGGACAGGGCAGUUUUGAAGGAGUUGGUCUGCAUUCUCUCCCUUUGUUACAGCUCUAAUAGUUUUGGUAAAGAAAUUAAUUUUUAUACACAUGGAUAGGUAAUAUCAGAACCAACUUAUGUUAAAACUGUAAACAUGAAAAAUCUAUCAAUACAAAUUCCAUUUAGAUAGUUUAAAUAAAGUCUGCAAAGGAAUGUUUAGUAAACUAUUAGAAUUGGAAUUGUCUUAAUUAGUUAAAAAACUUAUUCAAAACACAAUUUAGAAAUUUUUUUUUCAGCUUAAUUGUUCAACACUUCCUUAUUUGUGUUGUUUAAUUUUGAUGAGUUAUUACCCAACUUUUUAAUUCAAGGGUUAUUGGUCUAAAAAGUCUUGAGCUAAAGUUUGUGCACUCAAAGACUCAAGUACAUAUAUUUUUAACUUGUAUACAUACAAGCAAUAUCUUAACCUUACAGUAUUGCGCAUGAGUCCAUAUUUAAUAUUCUGACACUUUUACUGUUUAAAGCAAGAGUAUACAAGAUUCCAAUUGGUCAAAACAGUGAGAUGAUUGAAUACUGAGCUUAAUAUUCUUGAUGUAACAGUGUCUGGCAUCAGUGAUGAUAUUUACUUGGACUUCAAGGAUGCUGUCUUUUGGGGAUAUUAAAGCCAGUUUAUAGAUUAUGUAAAUAUAGAUAUAGUCAUUAAGUUAAGUCCAGCAGAGUACUAAAUUAUCACUUCUCCCAUGGCCUCUAGAAAGGAAACAUUUUGAGACCAUGUUUAGCCAACAGAUUUUCUAGUUUUAUUUUUUGCUUUUAAGACAGAUCUUGAAGACAGUGACAGGCACAGUAAAUGUCAAGACAGUUUUUGUAAAGUUCUGUUAGUAUGUCUUAAUAACUUUUUUGAUAUUUAAGUCAUGAUUUUAGCUUAUCUAUGGCCCACAGUGCUUCUAAUAGAAUUGCAAUGAAUUGUUUACAUACAGCAUGUGUCUGAGGUAAAAUUUUUCCUUAGAGAUUUUAAGGUCUUAAAGACAAUUGUCUAUUCAUGAACUUAAAUGUAAAUUGUUAUGUGGUCAGGCCUUUAUUACAAGCUACUAGGCUACUUACCCAAACAGAUUCUGUAUAAUCAUUUUAGCUAAACCUAAUCAUGUCAUACACCAAUUAAACAGGUCUGCAUUAGAAUUCAGCUUGACAGUCAAGCAAUCUUCUCAUUUUAUCUUUUUUCUGUUUUACCUAAACAAUGAAAUUAAACUUCAACAGAGCAAGAGCAAAGAUUUUUGUUCUCUCUUUAUAUAUUUUUUUCUUUCUAGUUUUUCUCAACCACUGGGAAAGUGGUUUACAAGUUUAAACUUGUAAUUUUAGAUACUCAAAUAUUUAUACCAUUAUUUAACAUGGCUUAUUUGGCUGGUUUGUUGACUUCAGUGACACAAAACUGUUGACACCCGCCACAGACUUUGUUUUGGGUGGAAACCUGGGACCAAUAAUUCAUUUAAACUUUUUCUUUGACUAAUAAAUGAUCAGUAGAAUGGACAUGCAUUCAGAUAAUGCAUUUAUAUUGUAUCAUGUAUUUGAAUAUUUAUAAGUAAUUUCUUCCACAUCACUUCAUUAGCAGUUUAUUCAUAUUAUUGUUUUCUUUUUAAUUAGGUCACAAAAAUAAUUCCAUAGUUUUUGCUUCUUACUCUGUCUGUAUAAAUUAGACUGUGUCUUAACUACUUUUUUGAAUUAACCUCUUGUAAUCCUAGUUUCUAAUUUUGCAGAAAAUACACUACAGAUUUAGAGUACAAUUAAGAAUUGAAUCAUGGUUCAAGUCCCAAUCUUUUAAUUCACUCCUUUUGUCUUCCUCCCCAUUCAAUUGUGAAUUGUAAAAAGAACAACUGGAAAAAAAAAGGGAAAAAAAAAGUGUUAUUUGUAAAAGCAUAACCAUUGUUAAUAAAUGAUUAUACACUCUAAACUUUAUCUUAAAAUUAAAAUCUUAAAAAUGGGGUUCAAAUAACCACACCAUUUUGCACAUAAGGCGUCAAGCUGUCUCCAGCAAUGUCUGCAGCCUCUUCCCAGCUGGUGUGACUUAAGACAUUAAGUUAUUUUAAAUUUAUUCUGUUUGGAUUGCUACUCUCUAAUUUCCUUCUCUCUCUCUCUCUCUUUCUCUCUCUACUUCAUGACAAUAUUUCUCAGCAUUGGCCAUAUUGGUGAAACUGUACAUGAUUGUUUCUUUGGUGCAUUUUGUUAAACAUAGUGCUGUGGUUAAAAAGUCAAAAUGUAAAUAUUUUAAGACAUUCAUAUUGUACUUUUGUGAUGUUUCUGUUGUCUUAUUUUGUCCGAUUGCUUUUAUGUCUUUCAUUGUCUGUGUCUGCAUCAAACAUGAGAAUUCAUUGCCUCAGAAAUGUCAUAACUUUAUUGAAGUAUAUGAAUAAAGAAUAUCUUAAUUAAGAAUUUUGUGUUUUUUUUUUUUUUUUGUAUAAAUCAUUGGUUAAUUCUAAUUUUUGAUUGAUUGUGCCUCCAAAUGAUAGAAAUGGAAAAAUUGGUUUGAAUGAUUGGACCAAAAAGUCUGGGAGCAAUGAGGACCUUGAAUGGGCCUCCUCAUG